UCCGGGGAGACCAGAUAUAGUGAAUGCAGGGUCCAGGGAGGUCAGAUAUAGUGAAUUCAGGGUCCAGGGAGACAACAUAUAGUGAAUGCAAGGUCUGGGGAGACCAGAUAUAAUGAAUGCAGGGUCCGGGGAGGUCAGAUAUAGUGAAUGCAGGGUCCGGGGAGACCAGAUAUAGUGAAUGCAGGGUCCGGGGAGACCAGAUAUAGUGAAUGCAGGGCCUGGGAGACCAGAUAUAGUGAAUGCAGGGGUCUGAGGAGAGCAGAUAUAGUGAAUGCAGGGUCCUGGGAGACCAGAUAUAGUGAAUGCAGGGUCCGGGGGAGACCAGAUAUAGUGAAUGCAGGGUCCGGGGAGACAAGAUAUAGUGGAUGCAGGGUCCGGGGAGACCAGAUAUAGUGAAUGCAGGGUCCGGGGAGACCAGAUAUUGUGAAUGCAGGGUCCGAGGAGACCAGAUAUAGUGAAUGCAGGGUCCGGGGAGACCAGAUAUAGUGAAUGCAGGAUCCGGGGAGACCAGAUAUAGUGAAUGCAGGGUCCAGGGAGACCAGAUAUAGUGAAUGCAGGGUCCGGGGA